AUGAAUGAAAAAAAUAAUAUCAAUUAUUUACAGGCAAUACAAAUCCACACCCCGCGAUCGUUAUCCAAUAAUGUAGAACCCUCUGCACCAUCUGUAGAUAAAUUAGAAAGUGAUGAGAUAACGUUGGAUGAUGAAAUACUAAUUGAAGAAACAUCAAAUCUCGGAUAUCCUACCAUUUCUUGUGCACCACCUGCUUAUACUCCAUCAGCGCCUUCAAUAUACUCACUACCGCAUGUCCCUAUACCUGAAUUCGAUGGUACGAUAAGAGAUAUAAUAUUAUACAUGGGUGGUAAUACUUAUAUUGCUUCUUCAUCAGGAACGUCAAUGCCUAGAUCUACCUUUAUUAGAAUGGCUGCUUUACCAUCUUCUGUUGCUUUUCCACCUAUGAAUACUGAUGCUUGGUAUACAAAUAAGAUGGGUGUUAAUUUUUGA